CUAAAAACGUCAACAAACAAACAAAAAUAGCAAGUCAGAGGAAGUCGGAGGUGUUUAAAUUUGGCUGAUUUUCCUCAAAAUUCUCAGUGAUUCGCGAUGGAGAGUGACUAUUUUGGCUGGAAUUUGCUCCUACGAACAAUUGCCAAUGACAUCCGCAGUGAUUUUGAUGUCCUUGUUGCUGUAAUUCACUGGCAAAUGAGCCGCAAUGGAUACUCCUGUUUGGGCAUUGGGGAUGAUAAGACUGUGGCAGAUACAGAUAGAGGGACAGAACUGCUUCCGGAGGACUGGAACAAUCAGGGAGAUGUGUAUAAAUUGAGGUACUUACGCGGGAGGGAAUUAUACAUUCUCACAGCUCUGCAGACACAGGAAAUGGCAUUGUUUAAUUUGCUGAAUGUUCAGAAUCAGGAAGUUACCAAUGUCCAGUUGAAUGUGGCGGAGACGGUGAAGGGGAGGACGGGGAAUCUCACGGAAGUUGUCAAUGAUACGCCGAAAGUGCUCAAGAAGGUUGAAGAGGAACUUUUGACUGCAAAGGCUGAACAGGAGAAGAGGAGGGAGGAAGAACGUCGGAGGGAGAGAGAACAGAGUCCACCAAGGAGGAAUCCUCUGUUGGUGGACAGGGGAAUUGGGAUUAACAUGAGAAUUCCUGAUCCUUUCAACGUUGGACGCGGAGAUUUGGAUCCACUUGGACGAUUGGGCGGUGGGAUGCUGUUUCCCGGUCCUGGGCAAGGGCAUUUCCCACGUCCAGGAGGUUUCAGAGAUCCUGGAUUUGGAAUUCCAGGUGGGUUGCCCCCGGGAGCAGUUCCACCAGGAGCGAGAUUUGAUCCAUUUGGACCUCUUCCAUCCAAUCCUCCGGGUCGUGGACGUCCCAGGAACAAUCCAGACAAUGACCAUCUUCCUCCUCCCGGCUACGAUGACAUGUUCAUGUAAUUUUUUUUUGUACUUUAUUCAGAAAUAAAAGAACUUUUUGAGAUAUUCA